UUUCCGGCUGGCUCCCGCUUGUGGCAGCGGCGGGAUGGCGCUGUCGGAGGUGUCCUGGCCGCGCAUCGUGCUGUUCGGGGACUCCAUCACCGAGUUUUCCUUUCAGGACAAUGGUUGGGGAGUGUUGCUUGCUCAGAAAUUGGUCAGAAAAUGUGAUGUUUUAAAUCGCGGACUGUCAGGCUACAAUACAAGAUGGGCUAACAUAGUUCUUCCCAGAUUGAUCAGCAAAAGUUCUAAUGUUGAAAAUACUAUUGCAGUUACCAUCUUCUUUGGUGCUAAUGACAGUGCUUUAAAAGAUGUGAAUUCCAACCAACACAUUCCACUGAAGGAAUAUGCUGAUAAUUUAAAAAGCAUGAUACAAUAUCUGAAGUCCAUAGACAUUACUGAGGACAAAAUUAUUUUGAUAACACCACCCCCUCUCUAUGAACCAGCUUGGGAAAAAGAGUGUAUUGCCAAAGGUGACAAAUUAAACCGCUUCAAUUCUACCACUGGAGAAUAUGCCAAGGCAUGUGUUCAAGUUGCUAAAGAUUGUGGGACUGAGGUUCUUGAUCUGUGGACACUUAUGCAAAAGAAUAAUCAGGACUUUUCUUCCUAUCUAUCGGAUGGACUUCAUUUAUCAGUACUAGGAAAUAAUUUUUUAGCAGCUCAGCUUUGGUCACUGCUGGAAAAGAAGAUUUCCACAUUACCUCUGCUGCUUCCUUACUGGCGCGAUGUAGAUAAUCGGAAUCCUGAAGUUAGCCUUCGUGGGAAAUCCUGAUCAGUAACAUAUUGACCAAGUCUGUUGAUGGACAGGAGAAAAUGUGCAUUCAGUGUUUUUCUUAGAGAAAAGAUAAUAUUGAUGCAAGUCCUCUCUCAAGUGUUAUGGUUUAUGGAAAAAUAAAGUUACCUUUACACGUUC